UAUUUACUUAAACUGGAUAUCGAUCGACUUAACAAAGUACUGUAUUGUCAACCGUUCAAUCUAAACUUUACGAUGACCACAUGACGAUUACUUAUUUUUUACAAUGUCUUAACGCUAGUGGUUCCCUGAUGAAGGAUGAAAUGAGUGUGAUACAAUAUAUCAAAAGGGCAUAUUAAAACCAAUCAGUUUGUGCUUAUUCGUCAAUGAAUGGGAGUCAAUCCGUCAUCAAAAACGGAAAAUACAUUUGUCGGGAACAUGGAUAUGUCUCCUUUGUGAAUAUAGAAGAUGCGGCAGAUCGAAUGAUCUCUAUCGGAGUUUGUGGUGAUCCUUUAAACUCAGUAUGAAGUGGGGACGGAUAUUGAUCUGUAAGAUGGUGAAAUGGAAGUCGACUUCUAUCAUUUGCCUUAUCCUCGGUGUUUUGAUCGUCAUUCAAUACUUCGCCGCCACACGGUUCAGCGAUCUCCUCCACCACAAAGCCCCUCCAGAUUAUCAAUGUGGUGUUCAUAGAAGACUUGGUGUUGUGGAGGAUAUUCUCUGUCAAGAGAAAAAGAAGUUCUUGCCGAAUUUCAAGAACCCGUGUUGGUAUGACCCUGAUGAAAACCUGAUGUACAGCAGGCUCCGGUGCCUACCGUACUUCCACAUUUUUGGUGUUUGUAAAUCCGGCACCACAGAUUUAUUUCAUCGAUUAAAACAGCAUCCCCAGAUCGUAGGGAAUAGAGGACUGCUCUCCAAAGAGACAUGGUUCUGGUCUUGGCAUCGAUACGGUAUAGCUUUUCCAAAUGGAAGCAAUGAAGUGUAUCUGGAGGAGACCCCAACCUUGAAUUACUUUAUUGGUUACUUUCAAAUUCCAAAGAUAUGGGAAAUGAAAGUAUCUACAGAUGGAUCUCGGUAUUCAGAUAUCAUCACGGGUCAUGGGGACCCAAUGGAUUUUUGGGACAACAGAUUCUGGCGACAUAUCCCUCAAAACGAUGAGGGCGCUUCCGAGCCUACAUACACCACAGCAAAUCUGGUACACCAUGUUCAACCCAACAUGAAACUCAUCCUCCUGCUGCGGGACCCAGUAGAAAGAUUAUACAGCCACUAUUACCACCAACGUCUCGGGACUUCCCCGGAGGACUUCCAUGUCGAUGUGUCUGCCUCUAUUCGUCAUUUAGCUCGAUGUGAGAGACAGAACACCCUGCGUUCUUGUCUAUACAACCAAUCUCUACUUCAGAACAUGCCAACCCACCUCUACGCCUCGUUUUACGACGUCCACAUAACUAACUGGUUGAAUGUAUUCCCCAGGAGCCAGAUAUUUAUAACCAGAACGGAGGAUUUCUCCAGAGAUAUAAAACGUCAUCUUUUACAUCUUUUCAAAUUUCUGGAUGUGGGUGAUGUUCCAGAAAAAGUUUUAAACAAAAUGUCGGAUAUGUCUCACCGAUACAGAUCCAUAUUCAAAGUUAAAGCAGGUCCGAUGCUGAAUAGGACUAGACGCAUGCUUAUAGACUACUUCCGGGAGCCAAUGAAGAGGCUGUCAUCCAUUCUUAAUGACCCUAGGUAUACUUGGGAUGAUGUGUAUAAAGAAUUAUAUUCGGAACGGUUACAUUGAUAUUCACUGUUGACAAAAAAGGGAAUAAAAAGUCAAAAUUUUGCAAAUGAAAUAUUUUUUUAAAAUUUA